CCCUCUUCCAAUAAAGUAGCCGCCUGUCCAUGUAGCUAGCUACUAGCUACCGUGAAAUGCUAAGCUAACCAAACGAUAGAGAGAAAGAUUGUGUUGAAGAUCGGUACAUCACUGCGACUAACGGAGGUCCAAAAUGGCGUACAGGAGAGAGCGGAACAUACGAGACGUGUACGAUGAGCGCUUUUUAACAGAGAGACCGGGUGCGUACCCGCGUCCUGCUGGGCCGAUGGAGAGGAGGGUCCCCUUUGGCAGGCCGGAGGAAGAUUAUGGCCGCGGCGGGUACGAAUAUGAAGCAGGACCACGCUACUUCCCGAACGAAGGAGCGCCACGAAAUUAUCAUGAAGAUCAGAGGGCCUACCACGGAGACAACAUCCACUUCCCUGCAGAGCGGAGAGCUGUUCCGCCGCCUGCAAGGAGGGAGGAGUAUCCUUACAGAGUUCCCAGGGAAGAGCCCCUCCCAGGAAGGCCUCUGGAGUUUGGCGCCCGUGCACCACAACCCCACAGCGCACGAAACCAAGGCCUCUACCCGGCCCCCCGGUCGCUGCCCGAGAGCGGAGAGGACACGCUGGUGCAGGCCAUCCUCAACCUAGACAGAGGGUACGAGAGAGACCUCUUCAGGAGGAAGGCCGCCCCGUUCCCCCCCCCCAGAGAGCGCUCCCCGUUGCGCCGCGAGGUGGCCCGCUCCCCCCACAGCCGCUCGGGCUCCAGCGUCAGCAGCAGAGGAUACUCCCCGGACCGAGCCAAGAGCCUGCCGUUCCCCUCACAGCAAGGCAAAAGUGUGGACGUUCCAGAGGGUCAUGCAGGUCUAGCUGAGCCCCUCUGGGGGGCGCUCUAUCCUCAACAGAUUGGACAUGAAACUUUGGGUCUGUACAUAAAGCCAUUUGAAACAAGUUCAGACUUGGGUGACAAUAAGCAAAUCUUCUCUUCCUCUCUCGUCUCCUUGCAUCCUUGUCCUGUCAGAAGGAAAUGUUGUGGCUUCCUAUUACUGACACUAAGUUUGGAGAAGGAUACAAGGAUGGAGGACAGACUUAAGGGCCUGCAAAAGCUUUAAACCUAUAGAAGAUAAUCAAAUAAAUGAACCUCGGUUAAAUAAUUGCCCUUAAGUAUUCUAGCUAUAAUAAACUCCGAAUUGACCCGGAAGUUAUUUCACCCAGGUCUGAAGUUCGUCGCACAGAAUUCUGUUUGUUCACUAGUUCCUAGUGGUGACUGUAAUGGGUUCCUCUGUGGUAGCACCUUCCUUGCUUCCUACUCUGAUCUGUAAAUAUGACAUAUCAUAUGCUAACCUUGCAGAUGCAUGUAGACAUUUUAAAGUAAUUGACUAAAUCAUAAGAUAUGCUUUAUGUAAUCCUACAUGAUUCCCCCUUUGGUUAUCAGACGGUGUGCACCUGCUCUGGCAAUGACGCAUUUAAUAAGGCUUUGUGCAGGAACUGUACAUAUUACAGUUAAUAUUAAAGCUCUAUGUCCCUAUUCAUAUGCUGGCAAACUGCAUACUUGGAUAGUCUUAGUAAAGUGGUGCAGUGAUGAGCUAAAAGCAAAGGGUCCCUCAACCUGUGAAACCCUCAAUAGAGUGUGUUAACCACAGACCUUAUUUCAGACAUCUAAGCCAAAACGCAUUAAAAAAAAAGUGACUUCAAAUAAGAAAAUCCGAAAGUUGAAAAAUGCUAAUUUCCGGGUCGUUGGACUCAUUCCUGCACCACUCUAUGCCUGAUUGAAUCUUAGAUUUGUAUUUUUCUUUUUUCUGUUACUGACAUUGGACAUGUGCUGCCUUUCAAGUUUUACAUGACUAAUUUCGCAGCAUGUCGGCAACAAAUCUAAGAUUAACUGAACUUGCUAGCAUUUGUUCAUUUGUAUGCUUUGUAUACCUAAACCAGGGGUGUCCAAACUACGGCCCGGGGGCCAAAUGCGGC